AUGGUCGACGCUUUGCUUCUCGGCGGUGAAACCGUCGAUCCGUUACGAAAAGUCGUCUUGGCGCGGAGAAGCAAGCUCAACCUGAACACGCCUGUGGAUACUUUUGCCUUGGUCUCGAGGCUGCAAUCUCGAGAUCCAGAUGCGUAUCAAUUCGUUUUAAGACACCCCAACGGUGAGACCUUCCUAGGUUCGACGCCUGAGCGCUUGUUCUUAUGUCAAGGGGGUCGCGCGGUGAGUGAAGCCGUGGCUGGCACGCGCGCCAGAGGCGCCGACGACGGUGAAGACGCGGCUUUGGCGUAUGACAUGCUUCUGUCGCCCAAGGAGCACGAAGAGUUUGCAAUCGUGCGUGAAGAAGUUCGUCGUGCACUGGGCGAUGUCGCCGACGGUGGAAAUGAUGGCGUGGAAGUUGAGCUUGAAAAAGGUAUCUUGCGCAACGUUACCGUGCAACAUUUAUACUCGCGUCUCUCUGCGCCCUUGGCCAGCGGCAAGACAGAGGCUGAUUUACUCGAUGCGCUGCAUCCCACGCCCGCGGUGUGUGGAUACCCGCGCAAAGCUGCGCUAGACACGCUUCGUGCGGUGGAGUCGUUCGAUCGCGGACUUUACUCGGGACCGCUCGGGUGGAUAAGCGCGGAUGGCGCUGAAUUCGCCGUCGCCAUUCGUUCAGCGCUGGUGCACCCCGACGGUGAUGAGGUGUCUUUGUACGCGGGCGUCGGUGUCGUCGGUUCCGCCAACGCGCAAUCCGAAUGGCACGAAUUGAACUUGAAGACAAAACCCCUC